ACUACCCAAUAAGUCUUUCUUAACCCUUAUUUCUUUCCACUGUUUUGAAUACUAUCUGCUUCCUUUCCUCUUUGUACCGUCUACUGAAUUUCUGCUAGCUUCUUGUUUACAAGGAAAAAUGGCUAAGAGAGAUUAUGCAGCUGGUGAUAAGAAGUUGAUGAUCUCUACCACUCUUGGACGACGAGGUGUUCAGGAAUAUGAAGAGCUUCAACGUAUUGUGAGGGAGACCAAAGUGAAACUUAUGGAUCUGGAAAGGAAGGAGUUGGAAGAUGGAGGAGUAUGGAUGUCGUUGAAGAAGAUUAAAGAAUUAUAUUAUGAAGCAGAUGAUGUGUUAGAUGAGUUGUUAUAUGAAGCCAUGAGAAUUCGAAAGUACAUGAUGACCAGAAAGGUAUGCAGUAUUAAUUCCUUGCCUAUACUGCACUUGUUCCACCCACUUUUAUUAAUAUUCCAUCAUAGAAUGUCUUGUAAAAUCAAGGAUUUGAAUGGAAAAUUGCUAGAUGAGAAAGAAAAAAUGGAAAUGAAAUUCCCCCAAGAAAUAUAUGAAAUUGGCCCAAUACCUAUCACAACUGAAAUUGAUUUUCCUUCUGACUUAUAUAGAAGGGGUCUGAUGGAGAAAAUAAAAGUAAGGGAGGAUGACAAAGGAAAGACUGUUAAGAUGUUAAAGGAUCAAAAUGAAGAAAUGUUCUCUGUCAUCCCUAUAGUGGGGUGGGAAGGUGUUGGCAAGACAAAACUAGUAAAGCAGAUUUUCAAUGAUGAGUCAAUAAGCUCACAAUUUGAUCUGAAAUCUUGGGUUUCUGUGUCAUCUGAGAAGGGGUUUGAUGUGAAAAGUAUUGUGAAAGAAAUAAUUGAAAAGACUCCUGGAAGAAUUAGCAUGGGUGAUUUAGAAGAUUGGGAUUAUUUACAGCAUAUGUUGGAAGAGAUUUUGAGUGGAAAAAGGUUUCUACUUGUAUUGGAUGAUGUGUAUACAAGUGGCUUUGAUGAAGAAAAAUGGAAAAUUUUUAGAGCUUUGUUAAGAGUUUGCUCCGAAGGGAGCAAAAUUAUUGUAACAACACCAUUUGAAGAAGUCGCAUCAAUAAUGGGAACAGUUCCUCUCAUAAGGGGGACAGUUCCUUUAAUUAUGGAGACAUGUAGUAGUGAUGAAGAAAGGUGGGAAUUGUUCUGCAGAGAAGCAUUUGGGAUAGGAGGUGCAGAGAAGAGUGAAGAUCUAGUCAGAAUAGGAUUGGGACUUGUUAAGGAAUGCCUAGGUAAUCAAUUUGAGUUAUCAAUGCUAGGUGGGAUGAUGCACUUCAAGAAAAAUAUAGAAGAGUGGGAAACUGUCCUAAACACUAUGAAAGCACGUAGGAAUAAAGAUAUAGAGAUUUCAACACUAAAGAUUUGUUACAAUGACAUGGAGUCACCAUUGAAACGAUGCUUUGCAUAUUGUUCAGUAUUUCCCAAGAAUUUUAUAAUUGAAAGAAAGACAUUGAUUCAGCUAUGGAUGGCUGAAGGUUUCUUAGAAGAAGAAGACAUUAAUGGUGGAGGUGUAAAUUUAAUGGAAGAUAUUGGUGAUGAUUAUUUUAAUUCAUUGGUGCAGAGGUCUUUCCUUCAAGUUGUUCAAAAGGAUGAUAAUGGUGAACCAUUAGAGUGCAGGAUGGAUGACAUUUUACAUGAUAUUGCACAGAACAAACUCUGGAGAUAUGAAGCCACGGUUGUGGAUAAUGUUCGGACAUUUCUUCGGUGUCCUAAUAAUAUUUUUUCUUAUGGUCCACUGUCAUUAAAGUUCAAGAGCCUGCGUGUACUAGAACUUAGACACCUCAACAAAGAUGUGUUGCCGUCCUCAAUUGGAGAGUUAAUGCACUUGAGGUAUCUUGAUCUUUCCCAUGGUAGAUUGAAAGCAUUACCUGCCACCAUUUCCAAUCUCCACCAUUUGCAAACUUUGAAGCUGUUACAUUGUAAAUAUCUUCAAAAAUUGCCCAAAGGAAUAACAAAACUGAUCAACUUGAGGCAUCUAGAAAUUGAAAGAAGUCUCGACACUCCAAGAGGUUUAGGGAAACUGAGUAAUCUUCAAACGUUCACUUCAUUUAAGGUGGGCAACGAUGUUACUACUGAAGCUGCAGAUAUUGAAGAACUGAGAAAUCUAGAACAACUUGGAGGAAGGUUGAAUUUAAUUGGUCUCAACAAUGUGAAAGAUGGAGAAGAUGCUAAAGCAGCAAAUUUCAAGGAGAAAAGAAGAAUCCAGGAGUUGACAUUAGAAUGGGAAUCAGAUUGGCAUGUUUGUACUUAUGAAGAUAGUAUGAAACAAGACGGCAUAUUAGAGGAGCUCCAACCUCAUCAAGAUCUGUUUGUUCUAAGGAUAGUACGUUUCAGUGGCACCAAGCUCCCUACAUGGUUGAAUUAUGGGAGUUCGCAUCUUUCAAAAUUACGUGAACUGUGUAUUUACUCAUGUCACCAUGUAAAGGCUUUAGAUCUGACAGGCUUGAGGUCUCUUCAGGAACUGAAGAUUUUAUAUUGUAAUAGUCUACAGUAUGCAAGAGUCGAGGGUCUCACGGACUUGAAACUUCUGGAAUUCAAGGGAUGCGAAAAGCUGAAAUCUCUUGUUGGAGUGGAGGAGGCAAAUCAAGAAGAGCAUCAAGUGGGUUCUUCACGAGACGAGCACAUGUACAACAAUCCCAAUCUUCUUAUUCUUGCAAAGAUAAGGAUAGAAAGUUGCGAUCAUCUUGCAACUUUUCCAGAGAAUCUCCUGCAAUCAUUGACGACACUCGAGAUAAAAAAUGCAAAUCGAAUUCCAGACGGCAUAGAACAGCUCCCAUCUAUUCAACACUUUGUGAUUAGGCAAUGCCCUAAGCUCAUGUUUUUAUCAGAAGAGAUACAACACUGGAUAAAGCUGCAAACAGUGAGUAUAGUUGCUUGUGCAAAUCUAAGGGCUUUGCCAAGGGGCAUUGUGGAACUUACAUCACUUCAAGUACUGGAGAUUAAUCGAUGUGAUUCCUUGGUCUCUUUUCCAGAAGAGAUGCAACAAUUGGCGUCAUUAAAGACGUUGAAGAUUGAGCAGUGUUCAAAUUUGAUGACUCUACCUGCUGGCCUAAGCAACCUCUCUUCGCUUGAAGUAUUGGAAAUUUCAAGUUGCAAUAGCUUGAUGUCAUUGCCUGGAGGGAUGCAUCACUUAAAAUCACUAGACAUUCUGAAGAUUAAAGGUUGUGAUAAUCUGAAAAUUUUACCAGAAGAAUUAGGCAACCCCUUAACCCUUCGUGUGUUGGUUAUAAUUGGUUGUUCUAAUUUACAAGUUCUACCCAAUGGUUUGGGAGAACUCCAAAACCUCCGUCUAUUGGAAAUAACUGAUUGUUCCAAUAUAAAGGCUCUACCAAGGGGCUUGGGAAACCUCUCUUCACUUCGAUCUCUGUACAUCCAAAGAUGCCUGAAUUUGACGUUGUUCCCCGAAACUCUACGACACAUGACAUCCUUACAAGUACUUUGGUUGUUUGAGUGUCCUAAACUAAAACAUUUGUUCAGUGCAUUGGGAUGUCUCUCAGCACUUGAGAAGUUGGCCAUCUUGAGAUGUCAUAACCUCAUGGAGCUUUUUCCAAAGGAGGACGAACUUGGGAUUCAAUCCUUGAACUCAUUACAAGAGCUGACAAUUUUGCAUUGUUCAAAACUUGAAACCCUGCCGUAUGGAUUGGAGAACCUCUCAUCACUGCAAGAGUUGGUUAUUUGGAAAUGCCCCCAAUUGAAGUCGAAUGUGAUAUCAAAACUGCAAAAUAGAAAGUUACGAAAUCUUUACAUAACAGAUUGUCCUCACCUGGGGACCAUAGAUGAUGCGCCUUAAUUCCUGUUAACAUCGUCCUUACUCCUCCAGGCUACAGAAUUAAGAACGAGGAUUGUUAUGGAUACAAAGUCGUCGUUCAUGGGGUAACUCUCGUUGGCUUUUCCUCUUUAGUGAGAUCUUAGUGAAUUUUUGCUCUUACAUUGAGAUAUAAACAUAUGGGUUUUCUUCUCCUAUGUUAGUAUGCAAUUAAUAUUGAUAUUUGCCCUACCCACUCCCUUCUAUGGAGCACAUUUUCUUCUUGUGACAUCCCGUUCAAUUAAAAUAUUAAUUUAUGAAAAAUUCAGGUUUUUUU